CCAUCACACUUCACUGGGAUUUGUUUUUGGUGGACUGGUGUUAUCUAGUGGACUUCGUGUUGAAAAGUACUGGUGCAAACCUGGAGUGUGACCAUACCUGGCCUUACAUCUCAUCACUACCACACAGACGUAAUUGCGCCGUUUUGGCCUGGCCAAUCUCCCUUAGUGUGUCACGGCCAUCUUUUUGAUUGGUAGAAGUAGAAGAAGAAGAAGACCUUCCUUGUGGCUAAUGGCCAUUCUCCAUGGGAAGAAGAAGAGGAAGACCUGUGCUGUCGCGAGCUCCGUACUGCGUCCUGCACCGCUGUUACAUUCUACUCGAGUGAUCCGCAACGUCAGCGACACGCCAAUGGGCGUAUGUAUCGGAUUCAUCGCACAUAACUGGCGAAGAGUCUUGGCCUUCGUGACACCAAUUGCCCUGUCUCCCGUAUUCCUCAUCAGCGACGGCAAGGAAAUGCGCUGUUUUUACGGCAUUCUCAUCAUAGUAAUAUUCUGGAUAUUCGAACUGCUGCCUGUCUCAGUCACCUCUUUGCUGCCUGUGUUCAUCUUUCCCGCGCUUGGUGUCAUGACAACGGCGCAAUCCACAGCUCCCUACAUGAAGGAUGUAGUCAUGUUGCUGCUGGCUGCUAUGAUUAUGGCCGUGGCUGUGGACCAUUGCAACCUGCACUACAGGAUCGCCCUUCGUAUACUGCUGCUGAUUGGGACAAGCACCAUGCGCGUCUUUCUUGGCUUCAUGUUGGCGACAGUCUUCAUAUCCAUGUGGCUUCAGAACACCGCCACUGUAAUCAUAUUCAUUCCAAUCGCGGAUGCGAUCUGUUCUGAAAUUGGGAGGCGACAGAAUGAUGAUGAUGAAUCUGUUGCUGGCGAUGACACAUGCCUUUACAGAAAGGACGAGCAAAUAGUGGCAGCGAAUCCUUUGCGUAUACCUGUUUUCGAGUUCGUCAAACCUCUGCAGAAUGCCGGCCGAUGUCCGUGCCGAUCCACUUCUACUGACUACACAUUUUCAAGCAGGUCUCCGGAACACUCGCAGCUCCGGAAUGCAAUGCUGCUAGCUGUGGCAUAUGCGACCAGUAUUGGAGGCACAGGAUGUAUUCUUGGAACAUUACCAAACUACGUGCUUUUGGGCUUGGUUGAAGAACAAUACCCUGACCAGACUGUCCUGUCCUUCGCCACUUGGAUGAUGUACAACGUGCCACCUAUGCUUGUUUGCACCGUGUUCGCGUGGCUGUACGUGUACUACGUACUCGUGCCUCGUAGGUACCACGCUUGCGGGACGGAUGUAGCCAGCCUCCGCUCCGCCAUCUCGAGGCAAUGCGACGACCUAGGACGCAUGUCAUUUCAAGAGGGUGCCGUGCUGGCCAUCUUCGCUGGAACAAUGACAGCGCCGUUCUUCCGCGAUCCCCGUUUGCUGAGCGGGUGGCCUUCGCGUGUUCUUGUUGAUGCCAAGAUUCGUGACGCCACGCCGACCAUGUUAGGUGCGUGUCUUCUCUUCCUCGUGCCAGCGAGACCGACGAAAGAUUUUUCUGGUCCUGCACUGAUGGAUUGGCCCUCGAUUCAGCGAGAAAUCCCUUGGGGUGUAUUGCUGCUCGUGGGAGGAAGCCUCAGCAUAGCAGCUGCUUGUGAAGCUUCUGGACUGCCAGCGAUGAUUGCCUCAUACUUUCCAAUACUGGCUCGCAUGCCCAAUAUUCUAUUAGUAACCACAAUGUCGGUGCUGGCCUCCGUCAUCACUGAAGUGGCAAGUAAUACAGCUACCGCCAGUAUUAUGCUUCCUAUUUCUAGUUACCUGGCUCGAGCUAAUCAAAUUCAUCCUUUGUACUUAAUGAUACCCAUAACAGUAGCUGCUUCCUUCUCGUUCAUGCUGCCAAUGGGAACGGCUUCGAAUGCACUUGUGUAUCAGCACGGCCGGAUUAGCAUUUAUAAAAUGGUUCGCUCUGGGUUUACUAUUUGCUGCGGGUGCCUAGCCAUUGAGCUGUUUUGCAUCACUACAUUUGGAACUUGGAUCUUCGAUCUGCACAGAUUUCCGCCUUGGGCUGACAUCCACAAUUCCACGUCACCGUUACUUGACGACUAACAUUCAAUUACGAUACGACUAACAUUCAAUUACGUUUGAUAUUACGAAUAAGGAUAAAUGUGUUCCAGUCAACAAUAUGUCUGUUCGCGAUUCGAACACGCUUUCCAGCAAAUCAGUCUUGGGAAACGUAUGGGACCGUUUUGUGCUUUUAGUUUAAGUUCUUUUUAUUUAGUAUGCGGGGACGUGCAAUCACUACUCGCAGACGACGGUGGUUCGUCUCUAUGGCUACGACCGCUGAAAGCUCGUUCCUGAUUGGCUACCACUACUGACAACAUGAUCCUGAUUGGCUGACUCUUAGUUCGUACGUCACGUAGACGAGAAAGCCAGCUUUCUCUUUUUAAAUGUGGUGUUCGUUAGAAGAGCCGAAAAGGCAUGACGUUGAACACGUCGCUGGUGUAAAUACGUUCAUGUUAUACGUAUUAUCUUUGUCAUUGCAAGCAGACGACAGCUAUAUAGCGUGAAAAGCGAGAAUGCAACCGCUUCGCUGUCUCCUCAAACUCCCGUAUCCAAAGCUCGCGCGUCGAAUUCUGACCCAUAGUGAGAACACGGACAUUUUCAAUUCGACAGCGUCCUUUGUAGUACGUGAGUUGGAUGCGAGGCACGUGACUCUCUAUUCACUACACAGAAGGCUCUGCGAACUCUCUUCAUUCGCGUACACGGUGCUUGCCGAUUUUUCUGUUUAUAAGUUUAGAGAAAAUAAGAAAAAAAAAAGGUAUACGUUUGGAUUUCGAACGUCGCGUUUGAGUAUUCCGCACAAGUCCGACUGCACCGGGUAUGAAGGUAUGGCACUUAAAACCGUGCGCUCAGCGCAGUGAGGCAGUCCGCCAGAAAAGGAUCGAACUUCGUGAGUGAAUAGUCGGACGGGUUAUUGCUUUAAGAAGGGAAUAUAUAGAGGAUACGUGAGGGGAGGAACAGAAGCACGUACGCUGUGCAUCCAACCAAUCUAUGCGAUUUUACGCUCGUUGAAAGGGAACCUUUCUAGAAUGACCUUCGUCUACUUGUCGCUUCGUACACUCUUCGAACAGGUCUCCAUGACGUAAUAUAUACUGAGGCCAAAUCGUUGCACAGAACGACACCGCUACCGCUCCUGUGAUUUGUGGAAAGUAGCUGGGCGUACGCCUUUUUUGUGACAGUUAACAUAAUUGUCACGAAAAGCGUGACAAAUAACCGUAAUAAAGUCACGUGUCAUGUCACAUAAAUGUCCUAAUAAAGGGAAUAAUGGAUACAUGCAAACAUUUACUGGAAGUCGUUUGCACUUGCUCUUGUCCUUCCUGUACGAUAUGCAUCUCAAAAGAAACAAAAAUGCAAGUAUGGUUU